AUGGACAACAUACCUUGUCCACAUGCGUGGGCUGUAUUGAACAGUAAAAAUCUUAUGGCUGAUGAAUAUUGCUCAGACCUAUUCAAACCGAAGACAGUGGUGAAGACGUAUGAUAUGCCGGUGGAUCCUCUCCCUGACGAGAUUCAGUGGAAUAUUCCCACACACAUUUCUGAUGAAGUUGUUUUGCCACCAAGAUACAAGAGACCUCCAGGGAGGCCAAAGAAGAAGCGAGAUAAGCCGUUAAUAGAGUUGAUGAUUGGUAAACAUAGAAAUGUUUGUAGUACAUGUGAACGUCUUGGUCAUAAUAGGCGUUCCUGUACUAAUGAGCCCCGUAAGAAGAAGUAA